AUGCAAGAACCAUUCUCGGUCUUCUUCUCCCUCCUUAACUUCCUCGCGCAUCAAAAUGGUCUCUCUAAAGUCACAUCCAACAUACCUGCGUCGUAUCCAUUGCGCAAGUACUAUGUUCUUUUCGCGUACUUUGGAAUGGUCAGCUGGAUAUUUAGCAUGCUUUUUCACAUGCGAGAUUUCGAGUUUACAGAACAGCUGGACUAUUUUGCUGCUGGGGCAAGCGUACUGUACGGCUUCUACUACACCCCGAUCCGAAUAUUUCGAAUGGACCAAGGUGGAAAGAAGACAAAAUCAGUCCGGCGAUUCUGGACGGUUCUCUGCCUGUCGAUGUACGUGGCGCACGUUGCGUAUUUGAAAUUGUUCAAUUGGGAUUAUACGUACAAUAUGGCAGCAAACGUGAUACUAGGGGUCCUGCAGAACUCACUGUGGAGCUGGUUCAGUUUCAAGAAAUACAGAAAUUCGGGACGUCUUUGGGCUACAUGGCCCGGUCUGGCGGUUGCGUGGAUUAUACUGGCGAUGAGCUUGGAGCUGUUUGACUUCCCGCCGGUAUGGGGUUGCCUUGAUGCACACAGCCUGUGGCAUUUGGGAACUGUUGGUCCUACAAUGAUUUGGUACAACUUUCUACUGAAGGACGCGCAAGACGAUAUUGCAGGAGAGCGACUGAAGGCUUGA